GUUUGCGUGUGGGAGAGCGGGGCCGAAACGCUGCGCUAUUCCGUGUGGGAGGAAAUGGCGAGGGACUCGUCGGUGGGCAACGUGGCCCGGGACCUGGGGCUUUCUCCGAGCCAGCUCGCGGCUCGCAAGGCGCGCGUGGUGUCCGAGGGGAGCGAGCAGCAUUUCCGCCUCGAUCCGCACAGCGGCGUCCUGACGGUCACGGAGACGCUGGACCGAGAGCGGAUCUGUCCGCACAGCGAGAGCUGCGCGCUCUUCUUUAAGCUUUUCUUUGAGAACCCGGUGCAGCUGAUCCGCGGGGAGGUGGAGGUUCGCGACGUGAACGACAACUCCCCCGUGUUCCCGCAGAAGGAGGUGGUUUUAAAGAUUGUCGAAACGGCAGCUCCUGGCACUCGGUUUCCCCUAGAAAGAGCACGGGACAAAGACUUGGGUAUUAACGGUUUGCAGAAUUACAGCCUAUCCCCGAAUUCUCAUUUCUCCCUAAAUCAGGGAUCAAGUAAAGGGGGAGGCAAGUACGCGGAGCUUGUCCUUGAGAGGCCUCUGGACCGCGAGGAGCAUCGGGAGCUGCAUUUGGUGCUCACGGCCACGGACGGGGGCUCGCCUCCCAGGUCGGGCACGGCUGAGGUGCGGGUGGUGGUGCUGGAUGCCAACGACAACAUGCCGGUGUUCUCGCGGGAGUUGUACGAGGUGCGCGUGGCCGAGAACAGCCCGCCGGGGCAACUGGUGGUGCGGGUGUCGGCCGCGGAUCCCGACGAAGGAACCAACGGCAAAGUGCGGUACGAGUACAUGGGGACAACGGAGGCGUCCGUGCAACUGUUUAAUCUGAACGCAGAGACCGGGGAUAUUCGGGUCUCGGGCUUCCUGGACUUCGAGGAGGCAGAAACCCACGAGCUAGUAGUGAGCGCCACGGACGGCGGCGGUCUGUCUGCGCACUGCAAAGUGCACGUGGAGGUGCUGGACGUGAACGACAACGCGCCGGAGAUCGAGCUGAGCUCGGUGAGCGCGUCCGUCCCCGAGGACGCCCCGCCCGGCACCGUGGUGGCCCUGCUGAGCGUGCGGGACCGCGACUCCGGCGACAACGGGCGGCCGGAGUGCGCCAUCGAGGGCGACGUGCCGUUCAGGCUGACGGCCGCGUUCGCCGACCACUACGAGCUGCGCACCAGCGCGGCCCUGGACAGGGAGACGACGGCCGAGUACAACGUGAGCAUCGUGGCCGCGGACCGGGGCCGGGCGCGGCUGAGCGCUCGCGAAAGCGUGCGGGUGCGGAUCGGCGACGUGAACGACAACGCGCCGCGCUUCACGCAGGCGGCGUACAGCAUGUGGGUGAGCGAGAACGAGGCGGGCGCGGUGCGGCUGGGCAGCGUGAAGGCGACGGACGCGGACGCGGGCGCGAACGGGCGCGUGAGGUACGCGCUGGUGCGGGAGGAGGGCGAGGAGCGGCCCGCCGUGUCGGUGGACGCCGAGAGCGGGGACGUGUCCGUGGUGCGGCCGCUGGACUACGAGGAGGUGCGCGCCGUGGAGGUGACGGUGCGCGCGGCCGACGGGGGCUCGCCGCCGCGGAGCGCCACGGCGCUGCUGCGGGUGCUGGUGCGGGACGAGAACGACAACGCGCCCGUGGUGCUGCACCCGCCGGCCGACGGCGGCGCGGCGCUGGGCGAGCUGGUGCCGCGGCGGGCGCGGGCGGGCUACCUGGUGGCCAAGGUGGUGGCGGUGGACGCGGACGCGGGGCAGAACGCGUGGCUGUGCUACGAGCUGGCCAAGGCGACGGAGCCGGGGCUGUUCCGCGUGGGGCUGCACAGCGGCGAGGUGCGCACGGCGCGGGCCGUGGGCGAGCGCGACGCGGCCCGGCACAGGCUGGUGGUGCUGGUGCGGGACCGCGGGCGGCCGCCGCGCUCCGCCAGCGCCACCCUCGCCGUCGCCCUGGCCGACGGCUUCUCCGAAGGCCGCCUGCGGGCGAGCGAAGAGGCGCCGGCCGCCGAGCCCGACGGCCGCCUCACCCUGUACCUCAGCGUCUGCUUGGCCUGCGUGUCCGCGCUCUUCGUGGCCGGCGCGGCGGCCGCCGUGGCCGCCAAGGUGCGGCGG